CCCCACCCUUCCCCAAGGUCGCUGCCACCUCCCACCUGCCAGGCUUGGGCAGGGCCUCUGAGACACAGCCAGGAAGGCUGGCAGGCAGGAGGGCUGGGGCGAGCACUGGGGGGCCAUGGAGCUGGCAGCAGAGCCUGUGGUCUAUCAGAAGCUGCUGCCCUGGGAGCCAAGCUUGGAGUUGGAGGAGGAAGAGGAGGAGGAGGAGACAUCAGAGAUGCUGGUUCCAAACCCCUGGAGGCACCAGGACUCUUCCAGGAACAAGGCUGGUGGGCUGCCCGGAACCUGGGCCCGUGUAGGGGCAGCCCUGCUGCUCCUGGCUAUUGGCUGCUCCCUGGCUGUGAGGCAGCUCCAGAAUCAGGGCAGCUCGACAGGAAGCUUGGGCUCUGUGGCCCCUCCAGCCGGCGGACACUCCCACGGCCCUGGCGUAUACCACCACGGUGCCAUCAUCAGCCCUGCAGGCCGAGAGCUGCUUGUUGCCGGGGGCAACGUCGUGGAUGCUGGAGUUGGAGCCGCAUUGUGUCUGGCGGUGGUGCAUCCUCAUGCCACAGGCCUAGACUGCUGUGAGCCCUGGGAGCAGCGCCCUGGCCGCCGUGGACAGCAGCGGCUCUGUGCUCCUUCUCACCUCCUCGCUCAACUGCUCCUUUGGCUCUGCACACCUGUCCCCAAGCACUGGGGUUCUGCUCAGCAACCUGGUGGCCAAGUCUACUGCUAGUGCCUGGGCCUGCCCCCUCAUCCUCCGUGGCAGCCUGGAUGACACAGAGGCCGAUGUGUUGGGGCUUGUGGCUUCAGGGACCCGUGAUGUGGCCAGGGCCAUGACUCACACCAUACUCAGGCAUCUGGCGGCAGGGCCCCCAACCCAGGCCCAGCACCAGCACCAGGGGCAGCAAGAACCAACACAGCAUCCCAGCACUUGUGGCCAAGGGACCCUGCUCCAGGUGGCAGCCCACGCAGAGCACGCCCAUGUCUCCAGUGUCCCCCAUGACUGCUGCCCCUUCCAGGGGUUCUAACAGGAUGGAAGUGGGUCUGGCAGAAGACAGAAUGAUCUGAAGCACAGGGGCAGGAGCAGAGCAGAUCCAGCAGCAGUCGAGUGUGCACCCGCAGGGUGUGGUGGCUCACACCUGUAAUCUCAGCUCUUUGGGUAGACAAGGCAGGAAGACACCUUGAGGCCAGGAGUUUGAAACCAGCCUAAACAACAGAGCAAGAACUCUCGUCUGUACUAAAAUUUUAAAAAUUUGCCAGGGGCAGUGGCACAUGCCUGUUGUCCCAGCUGCUUGGGAGGCUGAGGCAGGAAGCUUGCUUGAGCUCAGGAGUUCAAGGCUGCACAAAGCUAGGGUCACACCACUGUAUUCCAGCCUGGACAACAGAGUGAGACCCUGUCUUUAAUAAUAAUAAUAAUAAUAAUGAUAAUAAUAAUAGCUGGGUGCAGUGGCUCACACCUGUAAUCCCAGCACUUCGGGAGGCCAAGGCAGGUGGAUCACCUGAGGCUAGGAGUUCGAGACCAGCCUGGGCAACAUGGUGAAACCCCGUCUUUACUAAAAAUAUAAAAAAUUAGCUGGGCAAGGUGGCGUGCACCUGUAAUCCCAGCUACUCGGGAGGCUGAGGCAGCAGAAUCACUUGAAUCCGGGAGGUGGGGGUUGCAGUGAGCCGAGAUCGCACCAUUGCAACCCCACCUGGGCAACAAGAGCGAAACUCUGUCUAAAAAAAAGAGUGUGUAUCUAUUAUGUGCUCACUGCUGGCUCAGGCCCCAACCUCUGGCCUUUUCAGUUACCUAGACUUGAGUUCUGGCAUCCAGAGUUAACACAAUCAUUCUUCAGAUCACCCGCACUGGAUGGAAUCUCUAGCUGUUUUAUCAGCUAAGAACAUCAGGGUAAUAAGGAAAAAGCAAUAGGGCCUGGGGGUAGCCCUGAGUUCAGAUCCAGCUUUCAGGAGGACAGUGGAGAGUGCAGAGCCCCUGCCUAGGCUUUGGGCCCCACAGAGCAGGACAGGCAGAGCCCAGGGUACUGUUGGCAUCUCUAUCCUUCAGGAUACGCCUUACCUAUCUUCCUCAACCAGACUGGGUACAAAAUAAAGAUCAAGUCUCCCAGAAACCAA